UGUUGGCUUCCUGUUUAAAAAACAGUAGGCUGGCAAUUUUAAAGGGACAGCAACAAAGUGAUGACCAGGUGCCAAGUGCCAGCUGUCCUUAUUCACCAGAUUGAAGAAGAAUUGGAUAAAGAAGAAGAAGAGAUUAUGGUUUUCCUAUGCCGAGACCUUGCUCCUGACUUGGCCACUGCUGACCUUAGAGAGCUCUUGAUGGCUUUGAAUGAGAGGGAGAAAUUGUCUUUUCUUGGCUUGUCUGAGCUGUUGUACAGAAUUAAGAGGUUUGACUUGCUGAGGAGGAUCUUGAAGACUGAGAAAGCAACAGUGGAAGCUAACCUUGACAGGAGUCUCAGACUUGUCCCUGAUUACAGGGUACUAAUGGUAGAGAUUAGUGAGAACCUGGAAAAAGAAGAAGUGGGUUCCCUUGUUUUUCUACUCAGAGACUAUGCACCUCGUAUGAAAAUGGCAAAAGAUAAGAGUUUUCUAGCUCUUGUGAUUGACCUGGAGAAACUAAAUUUGGUGGCUCCUAAUCAACUGGAUUUGAUGGAAAGUUGUUUUCGAAAUAUUCACAGGAUCGACCUGAUAAGGAAGAUUCAGAAGUACAAACACGAAACUUUAAUGCCCUCCGUUCAUUCUCAGCCAGUAUAUGUAAAUGCACUUCAGGCAUCUCUCCCUAACCUCAGUCUGAUUGAUCCUCCUUAUAAUUCAGGGAUCCAGAAUGUGAACAAAGAAAAAUCACAAAAUGGACAAAGUAUUAUUCUGGCAGAACCAGUCUACAUGUCCAUUCAGGAAUCAGGACCAGUAUCACAUAAGGUGUUUGAUCAGUACAGAAUGCAGAGUCAGCCUUUAGGAAUAUGCUUGAUAAUAGACUGUAUUGGCAAUGAUGCAG